GCGUGUCGUCCAGAGGAGCGUUGGAAUAGCGCCAGAGAGGAAAGACGAAGAAUUUGAAAAUCAAACCCUAACGGCUAUUUCUCUUAGACGAAAUAAUACUACCAUCACUCAUCUACUCUUUCUUAAUUCAUCUAAAUUUCAUUCAAAAUUGUAAAUUUUCUUCCAUGGCUUUGUCGACGCCCGAUUCAAGUCGCCUGAAACUCAACGCCGGCCCAAGAAUCUCACGCAGGGUGAGAAUUGUUGGAAAAAUUCGAGGAUUUACCGAUCAAGAAUCUGAAAUAUCCGGCCGAGAUUCGAAGCCAUGGGUGACUGUUUCCCGGCCCAAAGAGAGCUGUUCUGAUUCAUCUGGAAAAGUUACAAUCUCAUUCGGAGAUGAAGGGAGUAGCCGUAAAGAUGUAUAUGAACUCGAUAAUUGUUAUGAACACGACGAGGAUAAUGCUAUAGUAUUCUCAAGAGAGAUAAAACCACUGAUAUCAGAAGUUCUCAGUGGUCAAAAUGCAUCCGUUAUUGCAUAUGGGGCAAGAGGCAGUGGAAAAACCCACACAAUCCAGGGUUCUGUGGACAAACAAGGUUUGGCAGCAAUGGCAAUAGCUGAGAUCCUUUCGCAAACAAAGGAUGCAGAGAAAGCAGUAAUGGUCUUCGUUUCCUUUUAUGAGGUGUUCCAGGAUCAUGUCUAUGAUCUUUUGGAUCCUAAUCAUCCCGAAGUUCAAGUGCUUGAAGAUUCUCAAGGAAAAAUAAAGCUCAAAGGACUGUCUAAGGCCACUGUGGAUUCCAUUUCACACUUUCAUGAUCUAUGCGCUUGUUGGACCGCACCAUGCUAUUCAGCACAAAAGACACCACUUCAAAUGCCCAAAAGGAGUCAUAAAGGUUUGAUGAUACAUAUAGCAUCUUCUGAUGACAUCCAGGGUAGUAAAUGUCCCAAUGUGAUGAACUUUGUGGAUUUGGCAGGCUAUGAGGAUUCCAGAAGAAGUAGCAAAGAUGGAAUUAUGCUUGCUGAAAGUACAAGAAUAAACAAAUCUUUGUAUGCUAUUAUGAACGUGGUGUACGCUCUGAACACAAACGAAAAGCGUGUGCCUUAUCGAGAAGGCAAACUCACUCGAAUGCUGCAGGAAUCUCUUGGAGGCUCCAAUCUUGUUUUGUUGCUUACCUGCUUGAAUCCAAUUCCUUGCCAAGAUACUCUUUAUGUGGUAAGUUUGGCUUCACGAUCUUGUCAAAGCACUGGCCAGAUUUUGACAAGCUCUGCAAUGAAAAGUAAAAAGCACACUAAUCAACAAGUACGACUAAUGGGUACCCCAUUGUCUGGGAAAAAGAACAACUCUGCUUGCAAUUUAACAGGAAGGAAAUUAUUCAGUGAGAGAAAAGUUGUCAUCUCUAAGCAGGAUGAAGUCACCUCAGCUACAAAGUUUAAGCCUCUUUCAAAAAAUGCUUCAAGCAUUACCUCUUCCUUUCAUAAAAAGACUUCUCAAGACAAGUCCAAUUCAGAUAGUUCUGGAGCCUUGAUAUUAUCAGCAGAAAAUUUUCAGGAAAUCCCAAGUGCUUUCAAGGAAACAAUGUCUGUUAAAAAAAUGGAAAAGGAGGCCUCUCCACCAAAUAAAGCAAUGGAUUUAGAAGUUACUUCCGAAGUUCAUUGUGAUAUCAAAGAAAUAAUCUCUUUUCCAGAUGAUGGUACUGUUGGUAUAGAGAAGAAAAACGAAGACAUGAACAUAGACAAAGUUGGAUCACCACCACUAAGUGCAAGACUUAGAGAAAUAACGAAUAAUUUACGGUUGUUGGAGGCUUCAACUCCUUUGCAUGUACUGAUGCCAAAGCAAUCGGAUGUAUCCCAAGGAACGCUUGAAAGUUGUGACAUUAUAGAACCUAAAACCCCCAAAACUGAAACUGAUGUGAGAACUUUCGAGAUUGUCAAGUAUAGUAGUCCUUGGGAGAGAUUUCAUACCCGCAGUUCUGGAGUAAAGAAUUGCCUUGUCCAAGAAUUUCUGAAUUUUUUAAAUACUGCAAGCAAGGAAGAGUUAACAAGGAUCCAGGGCAUUGGAGAAAAAAGAGCAAGUUACAUUCUUGAGCUUCGUGAAGAAUCUCCUGAACCUUUUAAGAUGCUUGAAGAUUUACAAGAAGUUGGUCUCUCGGCAAAGGAGGUAAAUGGCUUGAUGAGAAGAAUGGCUGGACAGCUUUUCAUCUAGAUUGUGAACAAUAGUUCUUUUGCUGGCAACUUCAGCAAUUCCAUUAUGUUCCAUUAUAUGUAUUCAAUUAUUCAUGAAAAAUACUUUUACUUGCUGUCCAAAUCGCAAGCCUUUCCCUUCAUUUA